CCUUAUUAUUUUUAGUCCUCUCUCCUCUCCUCUUCUUUUACAAAACUUUUUUACAACAACAACUAAUCCCGUCGCGUCCCCAAUACAGUCUUUUUUUCGCCUCCUGCAACCACCCUCGGUUUCAACCUACUAGGCUGUUAAAGACUGACCUGACGCGUCCUGUACAAUUUCGACCGCGUUCCUACUAUAUUUGAUAGGUUCACAUGAUUCUUUGUGCGGCUAGUUAACAACCUUUGGCUUUUUUGGGAGCCUGUAGGCGCAAUGGUCUUAUUCAAGCGCAAGCCGGUGCAGUUUCUGCAAACCCCACCGGUGGAAGAUGAGUCCAUGGAGGUUUGGCAUAUCCCCCAAACAGGGGAGAUAUUUAUUACUUAUGAAGAUUAUCUAAAUCGUAUGGACUUUUAUAACCAGCCUCGGUUUAUUUGUCAGAUCACAGGCCACUCUGGUCUAUCCUUCUUUGAUGCUCUUAAGAGUGAGCUUGCUGGCGCACAGGAAGUCGACCAGGCCUUUCCAGAAGCUCUGAAGGCCCCUGUUUUGCGCCGUGUCCAGUUUCAGACUAUUUCUCGCAUUGACACACUUGUUGAUAUGAUAUAUGACGAGUUUAAAGCAGAUUACUAUCCAGGAGAGUCCGUGAUGGUACAGUUAAGUAGUGGGGAGCGCGUAGCAGGGACGGUGAGAGAUAAAGCUCGCCUAGGAAGCAAAGUCCUACCAGAUGGGACCCUUACGCAGCCAUUUUCACGCUACAUGAUCAGCCUUGAUAAUCGGCCAGGCGAGGAAGCUGUUAUGGAUGGCGAGCAUAUCUACCGCGACAGAAAGAUUUUCACGAAGUCAGUCUUGCGGUCUUUCAUCAAGAAGACCGUAACCCGUGAGGCAUGGACGGGGGCACCCUGGUUAGUUAAGCACGAUGUUGCAGCAAAGUAUCAUAUCGACACUCGAGUACCGCCGCACUUACGGUAUGACAACAAACUGCUAGAACGAAAGCAGCAUCAAGCCCAGAAGAAGGCAUCCCAGCCAAACAAUGGGUUACAGGAUAUGAAUGGUAUGGGUAAUGCCUUUCAGAAUUUUGGCCCGGCUCGGUUACCCGAGCUCAAGCCUGCACCCAAGAGCCAUAAGGCAAUUAAGAAUCACCACAGUCAGUCACCACACCACCAGGAUAUGGACGUUCACGAUGACGUCAAUAUGUUCUUCCCACCGAACCAGGGACCCCAUCCUCAGGUCCCCGGAAACAAUCCUUUCCAUUUCCCCGUGCCAUUUAGAAAUAACAUGGCGCCUCCCCCACCUCCUGUCCAACCCCAGGCGGAGCUGCCACCACCACCUCCGCCUCCACCUAAGUAUCCCAUUGAAGAUCUGCAGCUUGAACCUCGUGAUGAUUAUGUUCGACCUGCCCUGAAGUUUAUGUGUGCCGACCCUCCGGAAGGUGUUGUUGACAGUGUCGCUCGAAAUGACAAGAUCCUGAUGAAGUCUAUCGGUUCGCUAUUGGAGACGUGGGUAACCCUGAACGUCUACUGUGAGGUCUUCAAAUUAGACUCAUUCACUUUCGAUGAUUUUGUCGAGGCGAUGGAGAUUACUAAGGAAGAUACACCUUGUCAGCUUUUUACUGAGAUUCACUGUGCGGUCCUUAAGCAGAUUGUGAGCUCUGAAGCCGACGGUGGUCAGCUGCUGGUGGAACUUCCAGAGCUUGAAGAGGAUGAGGAGGACGAAGACGAGGAAAGCGAAUCCCCCAGCCCCGAACCCGAACCCGAGCCGAAGCCGACAGGACGUGCUACUAGAAGUAGUUUAGCGAAGUUAGAAGCUGAGAGGAUCAAGGCCGAGGCAGCAGCGGCGGAGAAGACUCCAGAGCCUGAAAUUAAACACCGUGCUUCUGAGGCUUUGGCAGAUUUCGACUGGGUUGAGCAGCUCAAGAAGCGUGAGUUCCAAGAUGGUGGUUGGGAACUGAUUGUUGUCGGAAUUUUGUACCGGCUAUCUAAAAGGCCGUGGCAGACUGAAGCUUGUGAAGAAGUGUUAGCCAGCCUCGUACCUCCCGACAUGGAGCCGAGUCAGGAGAGGGUCCGCCAACAGUACAGCAAACUCGAUUUUAAUCUUCGUGUUUCGGCUCUUGAGAUGAUCUGCCUGUUAACUGUCAGCACCAAGGCUGUCCGUGCAUACAUUGAAGAGUGUGCGGAAACCCAAACAGGCUAUCGGAAGGAGAAGAUUGAAUGGCAAAAGCAGAAGAAAGCAGCUAACGAGGAGCUGAAAAGCCUUUAUGAUCAGCACAAGAUUCUCCUCCCGGAUAAUAUGCCUCCAUCGCCGCCAGCCGAAGAAGUAGAGACAAAGACUAAUGGCGAUGUGAAAAUGACGGACGCCGACGAGUCGCCGGAGGAGCAAAGUGAGGCUGAGGACAGUGAUGUCGACGCUAAUACCCGCCACAACACUCGACGAGGUGGCAAUCGUGCAGCAGAACGCCAGCGAAAACGUGAGGAGGAAGAGAGAAAGAAGGAAGCCGAGCUGGCUGCGAAGGUACCGAAACAAUCCAAGCAGUUUUUGAAAUUGCAGAAGGAUAUCCAGAAAAGGGAAGCUUUGGUUAAGAAGUGCGAAAACGAAAUCAGUAUCCUGGAUAAUGACCUUCGAGAAGCAGAUUGUUUCCGAACUCGCCCUCUUGGUAAGGAUCGAUUCUGGAAUCGUUACUAUUGGUUUGAGCGCAAUGGUAUGCCGUAUGGCGGAUUGCCUACUAGCUCGACGGCCCAUGCAGGCUAUGCCAAUGGCUGCAUCUGGGUCCAGGGCCCAGAUGACAUGGAACGAGAAGGAUAUAUCGACAUGCCCCCGGAACACCAAGAAGAAUACAAGGCGAAGUUUAAGAUGACAGUACCCCAGAGAAAGAAGAUGGAAGAAGGUCGGACCAGCGUCUUCAAUGCUCGCCAAUGGGGCUAUUACUCAGAACCUGGCGAGGUUGACUCACUUCUGAACUGGCUCGAUCCCCGAGGUUUCAACGAAUCUAAAUUACGAAAGGAGAUCGUGGCGUACAAGGACAAGAUUGUAACGCAUAUGAAGAACCGAGCCCAGUACCUCGGCCAAACAGAGGAAGAAGAAACCAAGGAGCCGACAAAAGAGAAUGGGAAGAAGGAGGAGCCUAAGCGGAUGACUACAAGAAAGACGCAGGCUAGUCCAGAGCCCACGCAGCAAUUCCGUUGCCUCAACUGGACCAACAAUGUUGCUAUUGAUGAGAUCGGACACCUCCAUAGCGAGCCACCUCCACAGCCGAAAGGGAAAGGUCGCAAGGGCCAGAGAAAGAGCCGGGGUUGAUGUUUUACGCCUUUCUAUUCAUUGACUACUGGACCAUACCAAGGUUGUUUACUUUCGUGCAAUCAAUAUUCGAUUCACAGUACAUAGACACGCAAACAAGCAAAGGGUUACGAUUGAAGAUGGCGUUUCACUUCGACAUCACAUUUUCUAGAGGGCGGCAACGUGUAGAGAAAAAUAUUUUUCAUCGAUGGCCUGCAUGGCGUUACGGACGAAUCAAGGUGUUUUCGGCGGCGAGGUAAAUUUUUUUUUCACAAGGUCGUUGUGUUACAACAUAGUUUGGUAUGGGGAGUUCAUACAUUUAUCAAUGCCAAAGGGAAGGGGAGAGAAAGGGGAUGGUCUACAGACCCUUGUAUAUAGGUGCGGUGAGGAAAGGAGAGAUGGAUGAGCCACAUUUGCAUAUGGCAUGAGGGUCUGAAUCUAUUUCUAUAGCACGAGCUUGACUAUCUAAACAAGAGAAUUUUGUUGCAAGUCCAAGCCUCCCUAAAUACCUAAUUAAUGAUCGAGUCAUGUGUAC